CGAUGAGGGCUGCAAUUCAAUCCCAGGAACGUUGCAAUGCCUUGUUUCACUGAUGAGGUUUGGGCAUAGGCAUGGUGUGAGUGUUGUUUGUAAUCGCAAAGGAGGAGGAUAAGAUUCGCUAAUAAUACACUUUAUCGAGGGUAGAAGGAAGGACAUGAUUUAUUAUCCAGUCUACUAGCUAGCUAAGGAUUUCGUCUUGAUGUUUACUGGAGAGAGAGGGGAAGCGGGCAUCAUGGGCACGACAUUAACAUCCAACGUGUUCAAGUAAACUGGACCCACGAGACUGCUUAAAACCCAUCCCCAGCCAUGGCAGGCUUCAAGCGAGGGUAUGACGGCAAGAUCGCAGGGCUCUAUGACCUGGACAAGACGCUGGGCCGGGGCCACUUCGCCGUGGUCAAACUGGCGCGCCACGUCUUCACGGGGGAGAAGGUGGCGGUCAAGGUCAUCGACAAGACCAAGUUGGACACGGUUGCCACGGGUCACCUGUUCCAGGAAGUGCGCUGUAUGAAGCUGGUGCAGCAUCCUAACAUCGUCCGGCUCUACGAGGUCAUCGACACGCAGACCAAGCUCUACCUGAUCCUGGAGCUGGGCGAUGGAGGAGACAUGUUCGAUUACAUCAUGAAGCACGAGGAGGGCCUCAGCGAGGAGCUGGCCAAGAAGUACUUUGCCCAGAUCGUCCAUGCCAUCUCCUACUGCCACCGGCUGCACGUGGUGCACCGUGACCUCAAGCCGGAGAACGUGGUGUUCUUUGAGAAGCAGGGCUUGGUGAAGCUCACUGACUUUGGCUUCAGCAACAAGUUUCAGCCAGGGAAGAAGCUCACCACCAGCUGUGGCUCGCUGGCCUACUCUGCCCCAGAGAUCCUGCUGGGAGAUGAGUACGAUGCUCCGGCAGUAGAUAUCUGGAGUCUUGGUGUGAUCCUCUUCAUGCUGGUGUGUGGACAGCCCCCCUUCCAGGAGGCCAACGACAGCGAGACCCUCACCAUGAUCAUGGACUGUAAAUACACUGUACCCACCCACGUCUCCAACGCCUGCAAAGAUCUGGUAGGCCGGAUGCUGCAGCGGGACCCGAAGGGCCGUGCGUCUCUGGAGGAGAUCGAGAGCCAUGCCUGGCUGCAGGGGGUGGACCCGUCCCCAGCCACCAAAUUCAACACCCCCCUGGUGUCCCAUAAGAGCCUGUCUGAGGAGGAGCACAACGGCAUCAUACAGCGCAUGGUGCUGGGGGACAUCGCAGACCGAGAGACCAUAGUAGAAGCCCUGGAGACCAACAAGUACAACCACAUCACUGCCACCUACUUCCUGCUGGCUGAGAGGAUCCUGAGAGAGAAACAGGAGAAGGAGGUCCAGACACGCUCCUCCAGCCCCAGUAACAUCAAGGCCCAGUUCAGACAGUCCUGGCCGACGAAGAUUGACAUGCAUCAGGACAUCGAGGACAGUCUGGCAGCCUCCUCCAUCUCCCACGCUGGUGGUCCCCAGUCCCCCGCCCGCAGCACUGAGAACCUUCUCAACGGACACCGCACCAAGGGCCUGCUGGAGCUCCGCUGGGAUGAGAGCAACGCAGGGGCCUCCGGUGCCCCUGCUCCCGUUUCUGGGCCCCCUAGAGCUGGGGCCACGGCCCCCACACCCUCCGCCUCCUCAGCCAAGCAGCGCAGUUGCCUGUUCAGGGUAGAGGAGGACGAAGAGGAGGAAGAGGAACCGGACCCGUCCUCUCUGUCCACCCAAGUGAUCCUGCGUCGCAAGGCUCCGUCCAUCACCAACCGGCUGACCUCCAGGAAGAGCGCCCCGGUCCUCAACCAGAUCUUUGAGGAGGAGGGUGAGUCGGACGACGACUUCGAUAUGGAUGAGGGGCUGCCACCCAAACUCAGCCGGCUAAAGAUGAACGUUGCUGCUGCCGCAGCUGCAGCGGCCGGGUCGCCGGGCACCACUCAGAAACGCUAUCACCGCCGCAAGAGCCAAGGCCGCGGCUCGUCCUGCUCCAGCUCGGAGACCAGCGAUGACGACUCAGAGAGCCACCGCCGGCGUCUGGACAAGGACACAGGCUUCACCUACAGCUGGAACCGCAGGGACAGCAGUGAGGGCCCGCCUGGAAACUCGGGGGGAAAUGGUGGAGGGAGCAGCGGAGGGCAGAGUAAACCCCCCGGGGAGGGGGGCAGCUCAGGACCAGACAGGGGCAGUCCUCCUGGAGGGGGAGGUGGGGGGAGUAGUGACAGUGGAGGGAGUGGUGGUGGUAGUAGUGGAGGAGGAGGAGGGGGUGGUGAGGGACAGGGUUCACCUUCCAGUUGUUCUAACGGCAGCAGUAAACACUCCUCUUCAGGCUCAGGGUCCACGCGGAGACACUGUGCCUCACGCAGCCCCGGGGCAGCAGAGCUGAUGGAGAGCCUGAAGCUCAUGAGCCUGUGUCUCAGCUCCCAGUUACAGCAGAGGGGGAGAAGUGGAGGCCCCGGCCUGGCGGGAGGGGUGGGCAAGUUCAUCAUAGACCCUCAGAACCUUUCCAAUAGUCUGUCCAGCAGCCUGUCAGCCGGCAGCGUCAAGACACAGGAGACGUCCUCUUGGAAGAUGUGCAUUGGCUCCAACGGCAGCUUGGACCUGGAGCUAGACACCAUCGCUCUGCCAACCACCGCUGUCAACACUCCAAGGGCAUACGCAGACCAAACGGCAGCAGCAGCACUUAGCGAACUGGCCCUGGCCACCAAGGAGAAGAAUAAGCUGAACAACCUGAAAAACAAUGUGCUCCAGCUACCUCUGUGUGAAAAGACCAUCUCUGUGAACAUCCAGCGCAGCCCCAGAGAAGGGCUCCUGUGUACCUCCUCUCAGGCCAGCUGCUGCCAGGUCAUAUGACAUACACACACCGCCCUGGCGCCCUCCGACACGACUCUGCCAGUCAAAUCUGUCCAACCACAGUCACUGCUGUAGCAUACGUCUGACCUCGGAACACCUCACCAUCAAAACCUGCCUUCUGCUGUUGUCUUAAAAGAUUACACUUUUUGUUAUUUUAUUUUUUUGUUUCUUCACUAGGACCUAUGAGGUGCAUGCUGCUAGGGAUUAUUUUGUUUUGGCUACUAUCACUAGCUCCCCCUGGAAUGAGACGAGGUAACAGAACUUAACUCAAUUCUGAGGUGAGUUGGGGUGCUGUUGAUGAGAUGAGGUAACAGAACUUAACUAAAUUCUGAGGUGAGUUGGGGUGUUGAUAUAAAUAUGGAAGUGAUUUUAGAUUACCUAUAUUUUGGGUUAAAAAAUACAACUUUUAACAGAGGUUGAGGAGGACAGGACAGAGAUACCAGUCACCAUACAGCUAGGAGAGGUAGAGAAGGACAGAGAUACCAGUCAAAAGUAUUUAGUCAGCCACCAAUUGUGCAAGUUCUC